AUGCAAUUCCGCACGUACCUCUCCCUUUUGCCCCUCCUGGGGCUCACAGCAACCGCGUUGCCGAUUCCCAGUCCGGACGCCGCAGAUACCAGCGCGUCCCCAGCGGGCUGCUCGGAUAUCUCGUUCAAGUCCUUCGCAUGGAUCGCCCGCAACAUCGACUUCCAUGCGUCGUACACCUUUACGACACCAGCCCACCAGAACUCGUGGGGCUAUGCGUCGUUCGACCUGUACAACCCGGCGGACCAGAGCACGGCACACUGCGAGGCGGCGAGCAACCAGCUCAACGAUUUCUUCUACGGCACCGUUCCGUACAAGUGCAACGACACCCAGCGGGUCGGGUCGACCAGCUUUGAUUUUGCCCGGCCCAACAACCGGCUGCGGGUGAAUCAGACUUGGACGUGCAACGAUAAGGAGCCGCAGUGGCCGGCCACAUUCACUGGCCGCGGCGACGUCAAUUUGACGCUGAGCUGCAACGAGACGACGUGGGAGAACCCGAACUGGACCAUCGGCCAGAUAUAUUCCAGCCGCGAGAUCAAGUGCGCCGCAGUCCAAGCCGUCAUCAAGCCGUACGAGAUGGAAGCUAUCGCGUAA